CUCCUCCUCUACAUGUGCUUCCCCCCACGGCUCUCCUCCCCCUCAUCAGAGCAGUGCUAAUUUGCAUAAAAUGUGUGUCAGUAGGGCACAGCUCACAUGCAGCUCGCGCAUGCAGCAGGCAUUCCGAUAGCAAACGAGUCCACGCGCCGUCAUCUGCCACUGAGAGCAGAGGAGGAGGAGGCAGGAGGAAGGGACAGCAGCUCUACUACAGCAGCGUGACUGGGAAGGAAAGAAAGAGGGCGUGUGGACACAGUUCUUGCCAUACAAUAACACAAACUAUUUAAAGGGCAAAGAAAGGGGGGGGGGGAAUAGUGGGGGAAAAGCUCAGUCACAUUUUUAAGACACCUGCAAACGUGUUCGGCGUUUAUUUGUGUGAUGCUUGUGCACGUCCCAAAUUAGUUACGCAGCUCUGCCUUGGAGAACGACUUUUUGAAGGAAAGCGCUACUGUAAUGUACACGAUACAAUCUUUAAGGACAUCUUUCAAAGAGUGAGGACGGCACAUUGCCCUGCUUACCUGAAGGACAUCUGACAUUAGAGUGUCGGCUUCUUUCUCGAGACAUUUCCUAACAGACUUCUUGAAGUUCUCACCUGUGUGGACGGAAUUUGAAACUCGCUGAAAAUUAUGGACCCGACUCAGAUACUUGCAUUUCCUUCAUCAGCAUCAGGAACAGACACCAUGGACUGCAGUCCAGGUGGAGGAGUGAUUCUCUAUGCAGGCUCAACAGGAAGCGCCAGCCCCAGUCCCAGCCCCAGCCCCAGCCCAGGAAGCCCAUCCAGUGGAUACCAGACCCAGUCUCCCAACUCCCAACUCUCUCAACCCUCGUCCCCGGAGGAGGUCUCUUUCACUGAGCUCGGCACCCUUAGAAAACGUUCAGCUGGAAGCAAUGUCAGUUCUACAGGGGGCAACAAACUGGUUUUCCAAUUUCCAAAAGUAAGCAGUGCUACCACUGUCAACCCCGUUACCCCGACUGUAACAUCAUCAGGGCAAAACACCUAUUCUCACCCAAUGGUCGGCAGGCGACCAAGUGGGUUCACGGGUACCUUUACCAAAACAGGAGGUAUGGUGUUGCUUUGCAAAGUAUGUGGGGAUAUUGCAUCAGGAUUUCACUAUGGUGUCCAUGCAUGUGAGGGAUGCAAGGGUUUCUUCCGCCGCAGUAUCCAGCAGAACAUCCAUUAUAAGAUGUGUGUGAAGAAUGAAAACUGUCUGAUCAUGAGGAUGAACCGCAAUCGCUGUCAGCACUGUCGAUUUAAGAAGUGCCUCUCUGUCGGCAUGUCCAGAGAUGCUGUGCGAUUUGGACGCAUCCCAAAGCGUGAGAAACAACGCCUACUGGACGAAAUGCAGAGUUACAUGAACAGCCUUAAUGAAUCAGCUUCCAUGGACAUCACCUGUACUACACCCACCGAGACUCCUUCCAGCCCUGAAGAUGGCCAGUCAGAAGAGGCCAUUGGCGCUGCCUCACAAGCUUAUCGCAAUAUCUUUGUGAAUGGGGAGAAGUUGUUAGUAAAGAUUAAUAACGAAAACAACAACAGUAACAACAAUCCUUCUUCCUUCCGUCAUAAUCCAAUACAAGAGUCCGGCUACAGCCAGUCUAACUCUCAGCCAAGCAUCUUACCCCAAGAACAUUCCAUCCAUUCCACAACAAGCUGUCUACACCGAUCCAGAUGCCCGGUCACCAAUCACGACAACAAACCAAAAACACAAGUUAUGGACAACAGUCAGUAUAACUUCCCACAGUCCUCAAGUCCCAACCAGGGAACUACACCUUCUCAAAGCUAUCCAUUGAAACACAACAAUUAUUCCACUCAAACAUCUUGUCCUUGGAGACUGAGCCCUGGUGCUAAAGUUCUGGCAUGUCCUCUCAGUGCAUGUCCCGUCUCCCCAGCCAGUCACUCCAGUCAACAGGUUUGGGAGAGUUUUUCCCAGUGCUUCACUCCAGCUGUUAAAGAAGUGGUUGAAUUUGCCAAGAGCAUUCCAGGGUUUCAGGCCCUGAGUCAACAUGAUCAGGUCAUGCUGCUGAAGGCAGGAACCUUUCAGGUUCUAAUGGUGAGGUUCUGCUCACUGUUUGAUGCCAAGGAACGUACUGUAACAUUCCUAAAUGGUCAGACCUACCCAUUGGCAUCCCUGCGAGUGCUAGGCAUGGGUGGCCUUCUGGACGCCAUGUUUGAGUUCAGUGAGAAGCUGGGGAACAUGGGUCUGGAGGCCAAUGAGAUGGCCCUCUUCAUGGCUGUGGUGCUGGUUUCUGCAGAUCGUUCAGGUAUCUCAGAUGUGGGGGCCGUAGAGCAGCUCCAGGAGGAUUUGAUCGGCGCUCUUCGCACUCUCAUCACUCGGCGAAGGCCGGAGGACAGCUCACUCUUCCCCAAACUCCUGCUGCGGCUGCCUGACCUCCGUACCCUCAACAACCAGCACUCCGAGAAACUCCUAGCCUUCCAUAUUGACCCCUGAGAACAGAAAGAGACAAUCACCAGACCUACCCAAGUCUACACAUUGAUGAUAAGUGGUCAAAAAUAGAUUCAGGGUGCUCUUCCUGUACAAAAAAAAAAGCCAUGCAUAAUUCAGGAUAAACAUCCGAUUUUUGACUAGCACUUACACAAACACCUGAGACUUGCUCCACCACAAGAUAAAACUGAACUUGAGCUUUUCCAAUGUAACAAAAGAAGCACAGAUGUAUGGAGCAUAUUCUGGACAUUUUUACUUUUCAGGGGAGUUUUCAAGAAAUUGAAAAUCAGAGGAAGAUGGAAUAUGUUUUUCUUUCUACAAUGGACUAUUGAAGAGAUCAUGAGGUGAUGGCUGUUUUUAUAACUAGAAUUAAUCUGGGCUCACAGUGUAAGAGAUCAGUCUCGGUAUAAAGGUAUGGGACAUGAUAAGUAUUUUUCUCACUCCAGAUGCUAUGCAUUUAUCAUUGUAUUGUUCAACACAUUGUCCAGCCUUUCAGAUAAACUUCUAAUAUUGCAUCAACGGCUAUUUCAAUUCAAUAAUUUCAUUUAACACAUUCUUAUAUCUCUUUGUGGACCUUUAUAAAUAUUGUUUAUUGCUCAUAUCAGGCACUCAAAACCUUGGUUGUAAAAACAUGUAUUAUAAUUGAAAUAUAUGAUAGUUUCUUAUAACUCUAUAAGACUGUAGUAUGUAUUCUCGUGUGGUAAUGUCAUGACAAUACCAGGGACAAUGGGUUGUUAAAUGAAGAAAGGACUGCUCAACGUGUAUUUAAAGUGUAAUGUAAUUUACAACAGCUCUGCAUGGACAUGGUUCAUUCUAACCUUAGCAGAAUCUUCUGAAAGAGUGUCUUUUGUAUCGAUGGGUGGGUUAGCAGCAAAGUGGACUUUGCCAUUUCUACACAAAUUCAAUUCAUUUAUUUCAUGUGUAUCUAAAUGUAUAUUUGGUAAAUGUAUCAUGUUUAUCUUUUUCCAUAGAGAUGGGAGAAUAUGUGAUAUUAAAAGAUUACCUUUCAAGUUUU